UUAGGGCUGGGUCCCCAGCAGGAUUUAUUGCUGCGUCAAGGAAGAUUUCACCUAAUAGGAUUUGCUUCUUGGAGGCUGUUGGCAUGUUUGGUGCAAACCCUGCACGGUGCUUUCUUAAAGGAGAAUAUGGACCCUAUUUGUCACAUUUUUCUUCUUCUUCUGGCCUUCCAUGAGAUAAACCCAUCUGUUUCGUCUUGUGUCCCAGGAUGCGCUUGUUCUCAAGACAGCUUUGGAAGGAGUUUGCUCUGCAUGUCUGCACUGCUGAGGCAGAUCCCUGCAAACAUUCCUCAGGACAUCCGGAAAACUAGAAUAGAAAAUUCUCACCUAACAGAAUUGCCUCGCGGGUCUUUUGAGAAUGUUAGUGCCUUGGAGUAUCUCUGGCUGAAUUUUAACAACAUCACGGUGAUGCACAUCAAGAGCCUGGAAUAUCUGCCAGCUCUGAAGGAGCUACGCUUGCAAGGGAACAAAUUAAGUUCGGUGCCAUGGACAGCAUUUCAAGACACCCCGGCUCUGAAAAUCCUGGAUCUGAAACACAACCGGCUGGAUGUCCUUCCAGAACACGCGCUCCGCUAUCUGCCCAAUCUGACCUAUUUAGAUCUAUCCUCAAAUCAGCUUACUGUCAUAUCUAGGGAUGUCUUCUACAGCUGGCCCGUCUACCAGAGAAGCCAGAGGGCGGAGGGGCAGAUAGAAACUCUUUCCAAUGCUGUCCUGGCCCUUCAUGAUAACCCCUGGAUUUGCGACUGUCGCCUGCGGGGAUUUGUCCAGUUUAUCAAGUCAGUCGGACCACCUAUUAUUCUGAUGAAUUCCUAUUUAACUUGCUCAAGCCCGAAAUUCAGGGCAGGGAAGUUUUUUCAUGAAGUGGAGCUCAACAGCUGCAUGAAGCCCCUGACCUCAGCCCUUGACACCAACCUGACAGUCCCAGUGGGGCUGAACGUCACCCUGACCUGCUUUGUGCAAGCCAGCCCUUCUCCGGCUGUCUGGUGGAGCUAUGCACUCAAACUUUUAAGGGCAUUUAAUGAGCCUUCAGUAGGACAAGUUGCUAUUUUCAUCAGUCCAACACAUCCUUUCUGGCCUGAGCCUCUUGAGACGGACAUUUUUCUGCACUCAAGCCUCAUGGAGGAUGGAGCAUGUGUCCAAAAUGCAGCUGAUGAGGCCUCCUGCACCUUGCCGGGUGAGACCUGGUACACCCUCCUGGUGGGCCGCUAUGAUGCCGCCCAGAAGGAUGCCAUCUAUAUCGGCCCUGGCGUCAACACCUACUCAGUGACCGACCUGCUGCCGGCCACCAAGUACGAGGUCUGCGUGGCCGUGCGCAACCAGGCUCCCCGCAAGGGCCAGUGCGUCGUCUUCGUCACGGGCAGUGACGUCAGCCAGCUGGAGCAGCGCGAGAAGAUGGGCGGUGGCUGCAGGGUGAUGGGGGAAGUGAUGGGGAUCCUCAGCCUGAACUGGGACAAAUGGCUGGGGGCAGAGGGGGUGGUGGAGCCGGGGCUUGGGAGCCAAAUGUGCAAGCCAGGCUCCUUCCCCUGA